CCAAAGCAGAGUUCUAGAAUCACAGAAAAAAGCAAAUUAACAUUUGGCUCACCCAUAAAAUCAAAAAAAUUGUGAGCAUUUUGAGAUGGAUUUUGAUUCUCUUCUCUUCCAAAACCAAGAUUUUCAAUUCUUCCCUGAAAAUCCUCAACUUUUCUCCUGGGAAGACAACAACAACAACAGCAACAUUUUCUUCAAUGAUUUCACCACUCUUCUUCCCUUCAACAAUUUCAGUGAGAACUCACAAUCACAAUCACAAUCACAAACCAAGGAAACAUCAUCAUCCUCUGACUCAAUCUCAAACUCAAACUCUAACUCCAACUCUUCAGGAUCUGUCUUUAGCUUUGAAUCACAAUCAGAAGUUUCCUCCCCCAGCAAAACUUGUGCUCCACCAGUGAGAGAAACUUAUCAAGCAUCAUCAUCACCUUCACCGCCGCCACCAUCAGUUCCUAGUAAGAGGGUGUACAGAGGAGUGAGGACAAGGCCAUGGGGGAAAUUUGCAGCAGAGAUUAGAGAUUCAACAAGAAACGGUGUUCGAGUGUGGAUUGGAACAUUUGACACAGCUGAAGCAGCAGCUUUGGCUUAUGACCAAGCAGCAUUUUCAACAAGGGGUUCCCUUGCAGUGCUGAAUUUCCCAGAGGAAGUUGUGAGAGAGUCAAUGAAAGACAUGGCUACUAAGCCUUGGGAAAAGGGAACUUCCCCUGUUUUGGCACUCAAGAGAAAGCAUGCUAUGAGAACAAAGAACAGUGUAAAGCCUUGUAAGAAGAAAAUCAAAGGUGAGAAGGUAGAGAUGAUCAAUGCUUGCCAAAAUGUGCUGGUUUUGGAGGAUUUGGGUGCUGAUUAUCUUGAGCAGCUUCUGAGCCUGACAUCGUAGCGUUUUUGUUCUGUUUUCUAGUUUUUUUUUUCUGGUUUUUUUGUAAUUGUUCAUCAUCAAACUUGAAGGUUAGAAUUGAUUCUUUCAUGACUGGAUCAAAUGUACUAUUCGGAUAUCCUCCUAGCUUGUUCAUCAUCUCCAGCCCUUAAUGACUUUUUCCUCUAUCUUGUUCUGAAAAGGAAAAGAAAAUUGUAUAAAAAUGGCUUGAAGAUAGUUUUUUUUUUCA